UCCUCAGUCAUCCAACUAAAACCCCUCAUCAUACUCAUCGUCGUAGAUGUUGCCGGAAAACGCGUAAUGCUUCUAGCACUCAGCCAUCGUCCCUCUCUACUACUACGUGUGGCUGAAGGCCCUUAGAACGAAGGACGUCAUGGUAGUGAGUGGGGCUCAUAGGCGGAAGUGAAGCUACAAUGGCAUCAGCGGUCACAAUACACAUUUUGCCCUAGGGCAAGGGACUCUCUCUCGUGGCGGGGCGGUGUUGACGCCGGGCCAGAGGACACAAGGGACCACUUGCUUGAGUAUAACACUUCUGAUUGAUCUCCUCUUCGAGAGAAUCUUUAUCAAGAUACCUUCGCACUCUGGCAAGCAUAACAAGCUCACUUCCAACUUUGUUCUCCCUUGACCUUGAUUGGCUUUUAGCUCUUUCUUACCAGAACUACUACCACCGUCAACAAAGACCAUGUCGUAUUAUUACUACUGCAAGAGCUGUGGCGACGGCCCGCACAAUGCCUCACUCAACCCGCAUUGCCCCAACUGUUACAUUCUCCAGAACAAUACGUCGCAGUGCAACUCGCACGACUAUCACGACAACUUGUACCCACUCAAUGCCCACCCAGAUCCACGCACUUCUCACACUAUAAGCACCCGUGCGAACAACAGAUACUCAUCAGAUACUGCUACCUAUCUCUUUGGGCGCACAACACAGCCGUCUUCUGCUGGUACAUCCAUCACUUUUCCCGCUGGCAACACUCCCUAUAGUGCCCCUUAUAGCCAACGACCGGAGCGCCCACCGGUAUACCGUUGGCAGUGUUGCAAAUGCGGCAGCGACAACAGCUAUAAGACUGACCAAGGUUGCGCGAAUUGCUGCAACCACUGGCGAAGUAGUUGCUGCUACGUUUACGACGCAAAUACUCAACGUCGAUAAGUCACAAGAAUGAGCUGUAUGAUUGGCCCGAGAUGUACGAUACAUUGUAAGUUUUUUACGCCACUUUCAUGAUGUCCUCACUAACAGACAUAGGUAUUCAUGUUGUGAUGAUGCGUCGAGAUGGUUAUAUGGUGCUCAGUGUGCUGUGAUUUGGUGUUGGCUGGAGUUUGUGGUAGACUGGUCUUCCCUCUUCCUUCUCCUUCUUCUGGGCAAUCGGUGUUAUUGUAAUUUUCUCUAGAAAGAUCGUUUUCUUCUUCUUCUGUUCGCUGGUCUUGUCCGAGUACGACAGCUUCUCGGUGCAGAGUAUGUUACGUCUUCCGCAUGUAGCGGCGGUCUUCUUGUGCGUUCAAGCGUGGCAUAUGAUAGUAGAGCGUCUUUCGACAUCAUUUUUUCAUCAGCUUUCCCUGCAUCACUAGUCAGCGUAUUCAAAUACCAUCUCCAUACCA